CCUCCCCCCUUCUCUCCCUGCACUUUGCCUGAUCCCCCCGCCCACCGCAGGCAUGUCUCCUGACCCGAAGGACACCGACCCGGAUGACCCGCGCCCGACCAUGCCGGCCGACAGCGACUGCUGCGGCACCGGCUGCGAGCCGUGCGUUUUCGACUUGUACGACCGGGACCUGGCAGCCUGGAAGCGCCGGCGCCUGGGGGCCGGCUCGGGCGCCGGGUCCUCUGUCGACCCGGCGGCCGCGCCACUGGACCAGCAGGAGUUCCGGCCAUUUGUGGCGGCGCGCGUGCACCUCUCGCCGCCCGGGCCACAUGCGCACCCCCGGAGCCUGGUCAGCCUGGUGGAGUUUGACGACUUGUCCAGCGCGCGGCUGGGGCCCUCUUUGACCGGGCCGGCGGCCAUCGGGGCCCCGGGCAACCGGCAUGUGUGGCUGCGCCCUUCGCUGGGUGAUCCCUCCCGACAGUAUACGCCCUUCUGGUGGCCGGGGCCCGAUGGCCGGCCGCGGGUGUAUCUCUACUGCAAAACGGCCCCGGAAUCGGCCAUGAGCCGGGGGAUUGCCGCGGCCGGGGCGGGCACCGCACUGCCCCUGCGCGGGGUGUCCGCCACCCCGUCCUCCCUGUGCCUGUCCCCGAACAAGUUUCAGCGGGUGACCCUGCUCGCCGCUGGGUCCGGCAUCGCGGCUUGCCUGCAAAUCCUGUCGUCGAUCCUGCUGAACGACCGCGAUGACACGAUGCUGGACCUGGUGUGGGCGGUGCGUGACGACCAGGCCGAGAUCGUCGCCCUGCCAGCGCUGCUGGACAUCCUGGCCGCCAUGAGUGAGUAUGUCACCCUCCGGCCGCACCUGGUGGUAUCGUCGGUGCCGCUGGCCGAGUCGGGAGCAGGCCCGGCGCCGGACCCCGGCCACGGCCGCCUGGGGCGGAUCUUCCGAUCGGUGACUCGGGGCCAGCGCCUGGACCAGGACCUACUCCUGGGCCAGGGGCCCGUGGCUCGGAUGUUGGGCCUGGCCGCGGCCAAGCGGCCGGCCUUGACGCGCGGCCGCGAGGCGGCCUUCCUCUGCGGCCCGGCCACCUUCACGCGGGAAAUGCGCCGGGUGCUGGUCGAUGUGGCCGGCUGGCCGGCCGAACAGGUGGAGGAAGCAAACUAGACGCCGAGUUGGUAACCCAUGUAUUCGGAAUGACAUUCUUCGCCUAAAUUCGAUCGGCCCCG